GCCAACGUCUAAUUUGGCAUUGCAAUUCAUUUAGCAAACUUGUAAAGAUCAAGAUAGGUAUUUCUGUCGUGAGGGGAUUCGCAAAAUACAACUUCGCAAAUCUCUCCAAUCUCGAAAAACACCUAUUUUUGUAUAGUUUCCAGCGAUUUCAUUAAGUUAUCCUGCUCUCAAUGGUGAGAAUGAGUUUGCGAAAUUAUUUACACAGGUAAUGCCACAAAAAUUCACCAUUCACAAUAUGCUAAUUAUAUCCACAUGUACAUAUAUUUAAAUAAACCUAGAUAAUCCUCCAAAGAAGAAUUUGAUUACCAAUGCCAGGUCGGAUUUUCGCGAAUUUCAUCGACCCAAUCCGGGUUUUAAGUAGUUUCUCUCCGUGUACUUAUGUAACCUUGCUUUCUCUCCACAACUUCCACUCACUCCGAGAAAUACAUGUCUAACGCAACAGAUCAUACCAAACACUCUGCUCACACUCUGACAUUUAACCGAACCAAAUCAUGAGUAAAAGUCCAGACAGCAGACAGUGAUUACAUAGAUAGUGACGCCAUCCCUGCAAUGGGUUCCACCAUCUCGAUUAUCAAUGAGACCAAUUGCAUCCUCAACAUUGCUUUGAAGCAGGUCACGCCAAUCUACUAUGAGAACAAGGUCCUCCCUGGCCAAGUUGUGAAACGGGAAGUUGGAAAAAUCUGGUUCACCCUGGAAGCCACCCUUUGGACCGGGCAGAACGAUUAUACCGACGUUUUAAAGGACAUCAACGUUUCCUCCGUCGCACGUAGAGCGGCCGGCGUUAUGUUGUCGAGGACAGGGCUGUACAAGGAAAUUAUUAACGGCGCGGUUGGACUCGUCAUAAAGGCGGGACAACCUCCGCAGACCGUUACGAUUCAAAAUGUCCUCCUUCCCGCCACCUUUUCGCCAGACGACCACCAAAUAGUGGUUGACUGGGUGCACAAAUUUGUGGUGAGAGAACAUGGAAUUUACGCCGGUGGGGACAAAGUCAUUAAAAUUGUGGGUGGUCCGCCAGCCGUAAUUGACCCCCUGGAAAGUGGAGAGGGGACGCAGUUCUUGAAAAGUACGGAACCAUUCGGUAUUAUUCAGGGUUGAAGGAAAAAAUAUUUGACAAUGUGUACCUACAUUCUCGACAAUAUUACACGAACCAAUAAUACAUACAAGGUGGUUCAUACAUGGUGGUUUAAAUGUCGGGUUACAAUGGAAAAUUUUUCAGUGCGAAAAAUUCAUAAAUUCCUACUAGUUACGGAUUUGGG